UACCAACCCAUAGUUGACUACAUAGAUGCCCAGUUUGAGGCCUAUCUCCAAGAAGAACUGAAGAUUAAGCGUUCUCUCUUCAAUUACCACGACUCUCGCAUCCAUGCGUGCCUCUACUUCCUCUCACCCACAGGCCACUCUCUGAAGACACUUGAUCUCCUAACCAUGAAGAACCUUGACAGCAAGGUGAACAUUAUACCAGUGAUUGCCAAAGCAGAUACAAUUUCUAAAACUGAAUUACAGAAGUUUAAGAUCAAGCUCAUGAGUGAAUUGGUCAGCAAUGGCGUCCAGAUAUACCAGUUCCCGACAGACGAUGACACUGUUGCUAGGGUCAAUGCUGCAAUGAAUGGACAAUUGCCAUUUGCUGUUGUAGGAAGUAUGGAUGAGGUGAAAGUCGGAAAUAAAAUGGUCAAAGCUCGCCAGUACCCUUGGGGUGUUGUACAAGUGGAAAAUGAAAACCACUGUGACUUCGUGAAGCUGCGGGAGAUGCUCAUUUGUACAAACAUGGAGGACCUGCGUGAGCAGACCCACACUCGGCACUACGAGCUCUACAGACGUUGCAAGCUGGAGGAAAUGGGCUUCUCAGAUGUGGGCCCAGAGAACAAGCCUGUCAGUCUUCAAGAGACCUACGAAGCCAAAAGACAUGAAUUCCAUGGUGAACGUCAGAGGAAGGAAGAAGAAAUGAAGCAGAUGUUUGUGCAGCGAGUAAAGGAGAAAGAAGCUAUAUUGAAAGAAGCUGAAAGAGAGCUGCAGGCCAAAUUUGAGCACCUGAAGAGAGUUCACCAAGAAGAGAGAAUGAAGCUUGAAGAGAAGAGAAAAAUUUUGGAUGAAGAAAUAAUUGCCUUCUCUAAAAAGAAAGCUACCUGUGAGAUAUUCCAGACCCAGGCCUUUCUGGCAAGCGGUAGCAACCUGAGGAAAGACAAGGACCGAAAGAACUCCAAUUUCAUGUAAAACAGAAGUUCCAGAGCACAGAAGGUCAUCACAAGCAAAAGUUAUUAAAAAA